GAACGAUUAAAGCUACCAACAGAGAAUAGAAGACAGUUUGUAUUACAUAAGACAAGAACAGAGUUUAGAGAGUCAAGAGAACUGACUGAUCCAAAGAAGAUAAGGAGUUUAGUUAUAGUUGGAAAUACACAUUUAGAUACAGUUAUGAUACAGGCAAAGCAUUUGAGUACAAUACUCGAAUAUGAACCAACACCUAUAGAGAUUAGAUUACAAGAGAAGGAGGCUGGUGGUAACGCCACUGCUUCAACACUAUCACCAGAGGAUCAAAAGACAUUGACAAUCAACAAACAACACAUUGAACUCGAACGAAAGAGAGAACAGGAGCGACAACUAAGGCAAGCAAAUGAUAACAACGAAGACGAUAUU